AUGGCCGCUCCAGAGUUGCAGGUAUGGGACAACGCCGCCUUCGACGACGGCCGGCCAUCGGGGCAGAAGGCUUCUCCCCCCCGGUACCCCUUCUCCCCGGCCGCCGCCGUCCGGCGACCGGACAGAGACCUUCGAGCCGCCGCCGGCGAGGAGAACCAGGCCCCGAGGCCGCCUCCGCCGGCGAAACCAUCCCCUUCCUCCAAGAACCCCGCGGUCUUCAUUGACGCAGAUAUCGAGAAGCUCGAGAGGGAGAUCGGCCAGCUGACCUCGAGACUAGAAGCUCUCCGUAUCAAGAAGAUGGGGAGAGAAAAGUUCUUGAAGCCGAAGCAUAUCUUCUCGUCGGAGGAGAAGAAAGGGGUAGCUGCGUUGGGGAAGAAGAUUCAGAGAUCUCCGGCGAGCCGCUCCGCUACAGCGCCAAGGCCGGCCGGCGGCCGGCGAUCCUUCACCACGAAGCUCCGAGGAAUUGGAGAAGACAAGAGAGAACAAGAGGAGGGGAUUCCUAGAUCGUCUCGUCGGCCGAUCGCCAUGAUGUCCAAGAGGAGAAUCGACUCACCGGCGAGAACAAGGACGACGAGCGUGGAGUUUCGGAGGAGGGGAAUCGGACUCAACGGCAGGGAAUUUUCCACGGCGGCCGGACCUCAGAAUCCCAGGCGGGGGACGCUCUUCCCGGAGCCGGAGAAGAAGAGGAGAGGAACUCCAGCUGAGGAGGAGCAGCGGAAGGGGUCGCCGCCGUCGAUCACGAGGUUCGCCGAGAGGCUACCGAGGAUCCGCACCACCACCGGCGGCGGCGCCGACGACGAGAGCCCUCGCAGCUCCGGCCGCGCGAAGAGAGCUUCCGAACUCACUGUGAGGGAGUCGUUCUUCGGCAACGUGACGGACGACGAGGCGCGGUGGGGUGCUUCGCCCUGA